AUGGGUGAGAGUCAGAAAGACCCGUAUGUGAGUUUAAGGGGGGAUGAUGAUAGCACUUCCCUCGUCAAGGUCAGCCUUGAGAAUGACGUCACCCUUGUGGAAUUUGGGCUGAGCUGGGGGAGUGUCAGGCCAGAUGAGAGCCUUCUCCCUCCGGCCCUGGCCCUGUCCCCCACUGGCUGUCACAUCCAUCUCCUUCCCUCUCCCUUCUCCUCCUUCGCACAGGUAGACGCAUGCCACUCCCUGGAAGGGCACCUUGAAGAGAGUGGAGGUAGGUGUCUGCAGUGGGGAAGGGGGUUAGGGUGGGUGCAGGGCCAGUCUUUCCAUGCAGAUGCUGCCUCUGCUCUGGCCCUUUGCUGCUCGCUCUCCUUCUUCAGGGCAGACUCGGCCUUGGGAGACUCUAAUUGUAACCCCUUUUGUCCAGGGCUACUCCCGAAAGUGAACGUCAGCAGCCAGGGGAGGCCUACUAGCCUGUUUGUGAGCUGGGAAGCCCCAGAGCCAGGGGGGCCUGGCCACACACUCUGGCUCAUUCGCUUGAGUCCCCUCGGCUCUCCCGAAGGGCGGCAGCUACAGGUCCACACCAAUGCAUCCAGCUUUGAGUUUAAGGACCUGGUGCCAGGGAGUCGCUACCGGCUGGAAGUGACUGCCCUUCGACCCUGUGCUCAGAAUGCCACCAUCACCCUCACUACCCACACUGCACCAGCGACUGUCCGUGACCUGCAGCUCCAGAGCUCUGGGAGCCCAUCUAGCCUGGAGGCCUCCUGGGGUGCUGCUCCCGGGGAACAGGAUGGCUACCAGCUUCUGCUCUACCACCUGGAAUCUCAGACAUUGGCACACAAUAUCUCCAUGCCCCCGGGCACCCGGUCCUACAGAUUUGGCAACCUGUUGCCAGGGAACGAGUAUGUUUUGGAGGUUACCACCUGGGCCAGCAACCUCCAAGCAAAGACCAGCAUCCACCAGUGGACAGCCCCUGUGUCUCUGGAUCACCUGCAGCUGCAUGCCAUGGGCACUGGCGCCCUGCGAGCCUCCUGGAAUGUCUCAGAGGGCGCUGCCUGGCUCCACCUAUCACUCACAGACCUCCCCGGUGGCACCAGCCUGACCGUAGUAGUUGAGCCGGGGGUCUCCAACUACACCUUCCUUCACCUCUCUCCGGGCACCCCCUAUCAGUUGACCCUGACUGCUGCUGUGGGGCCCCAUCAGGCAACAGGGCCCAACACCACAGCCACCGCCACUGAGUGGACCUAUCCCUCUGCCCCUCUGGAACUGGUGCUGACCCCCCAGCCCCCGGAGCUCUGGGCAAGCUGGAAGGCUGGGCCGGGUGCCCGGGAUGGCUACCUGCUGAGGUUAAGUGGGCCGGUGGAAAGAAAUGUCACUCUGGGCCCUGGGGACCUCAGUGCUACAUUCCCAGGGCCCCUGCCUGCUGGACACUAUGCUCUGGAGCUGAAAGUUCUGGCUGGGCCCUAUGAUGCCUGGGCCCAGGCCAGUGCCUGGCUGGAUGAUUCUGAAGCCCAGCCCACACAAGGCCAUGAUGCCACACUGCAGCUGGAAGGGCUGGAGGCCACCAGGGAGCCUGGGAGGAGGGCACUGCUCUAUGCUGAGGGCACCCCAGGCCUCCUUGGAAAUAUCUCUGUGCCAUCUGGUGCCACCCAGAUCACCUUCUGUGGGCUGGUGCCUGGGGCUUGCUACCGGGUGAACAUUGCCUCAGCUCGGGGAGUUAUCACCCAGAGCCUCAUGGGCCACACACGGCCGCUGGCACCACAGUCACUGGAGGUUAUCAGCAGGGUCAGCCCCUCUGAGCUGGCCAUCAGCUGGGCCCCACCAACAGGGCAGCGGGAAGGCUACAGGGUCACCUGGGACCAAGAGGGCAGCCAGAAGUCACUGGGCAGUCCCAUUGACUUGGGCCCGGACAAUUCCAGCCUGGCUCUGCAGGCUCUGGUGCCCGGCUCCUGCUACACUGUGUCUGUAUGGGCCUGGGCAGGUAGCCUCAACUCCAGCAUUCGGAGGACCCAUGCCUGCACUGUCCCCGCUCCUCCUGCUAACUUGAGCCUGGGCCUUGCCUCCCAACCUCAUGCCCUGAUGGCUUCCUGGAGCCCCCCACCCGGGGUCAGGGAUGGCUUCCGGCUUCAGCUUUACUGCCUAAGGCCUCUGACUCUGGUAGUCGAGGAGACCCUGACUCCGGAGGCCCAGAACUUCUCCUGGGCCCAGCUGUCCCCGGGCAGCAAGUUCCUAGUGCAGCUGGCCACCCUGAGGGGUCCGGAUGAGAGCAGCAGUGCCAAUGCCACGGGCUGGACAACUCCCUUCACCCCUCCUCUGGUCAAUGUGACCAGUGAAGGCCCCACCCAGCUCCGGACAUCCUGGGUCCAUGCUCCUGGGGGCCGGGACAGCUACCAGGUGACUCUGUACCAGGCGGGUGUCUGGGUGGGCACCAGCACUCUGGGACCCGAGGUGGACAGCACCAGCUUUUCGGCUCUGACUCCGGGCACGAAGUACGAGGUGGAGGUGGUCUCGAAGGCUGGGCCCCUUCGUGCUGUGGCGGCCAACGCCUUUGGCUGGACCUCCCCACUCUUGCCCAGUGAGUUGUUGGUAUCGAUGCAGGCGGGCAGUGCCGUGGUCAACCUGGCCUGGGCCAGCAGCCCCUUGGGGCAGGGGGUAUGCCAUGCCCAGCUCUCAGAGGCUGGGUAUCUCUCCUGGGAGCAGCCUCUGGUGCUCGGCCAAGCCCACCUCGUCCUGAGGGGCCUCACACCUGGACGUAACCUCUCCUUGUCGGUGCUGUGCCAGGCGGGCCCUCUGCAGGCCUCCACCCACUCCGUGGUUCUGCCCGUUGAGCCUGACCCCGUGGAGGACGUGCAGUGCCAGCCAGAGGCCACCCACCUGGUCCUGAACUGGACGGUGCCCACUGGGGACGUGGGUACCUGCCUCGUGGUGGUAGAGCAGCUGGCAGUGGGAGGGAAUGCUCACAUCGUCUUCCAGGCCAACACCUCUGGGGAUGCUGUCCUGCUGUCCAGCCUGGUGCCCGCCACUUCCUACCGCCUCAGCCUCACCGUGCUGGGCAGAAACGGGCUGUGGAGCCGGGCGGUCACCCUGGUGUGUGCCACUUCUGCGGAGGCCUGGCACCCCCCAGAGUUAGCCAUGGCCCCCCAGCUGAAGCACGAGUCGGAGAUGGGAGUGGUGAUCACGCCAGGCAUGUUUGGCAAGGAUGAUGGGCAGAUCCAGUGGUAUGGUGUCAUCGCCACCACCGACAUGUCAUUGGCUCGGCCUCCCCAGGAAGCCAUCAACCACACCUGGUAUGACCACUACUACAGAGGACGUGACUCCUACCUGGCCAUCCUGCUCCCCAACCCCUUCUAUCCGGGGCCCUGGGCUGUGCCGAGAAUCUGGAUGGUGCCUGUGGGUACAGAGGACUGUGGCCAGACUCAGGAGAUAUGUAAUGGGCAGCUCAAGCCAGGUGCCCAGUACAGGUUCAGUGUUGCUGCCUUUACCAGGUCCAGCCCUCCUGAACCCAUUAUCUCCUUCUCAGCCUUCUCAGAGCCCCUGGCCAGCAUCCCAAGGGCGGCAGUGCCCCUCGUUGUGGUGGUGGGCGUUGUGGUGGGCUGUGUCUUCACUGUCUGUGCCGUAUUGAGCCUGCUGUGCUGGCGGCGAGCAAAACGGCAAAGGGCCCAGAAGAAUCAGUUUUCCCAAGAGCUGACUGCUUAUAACCUGCGGCGGACCCACCGGCCGAUCCCCAUCCAGAGCUUCCGGCAGAGCUAUGAGGCUAAGAGCGCUCACGGUCACCAGGCUUUCUUUCAGGAGUUUGAGGAGCUGAAGGAGGUGGGCAAGGAGCAGCCCAGACUGGAGGCAGAACAUCCUGCCAACGCCACCAAGAACCGCUACCCACAUGUACUGCCCUAUGACCACUCUCGGGUCAGGCUGGCCCAGCUGGAGGGAGAGCCCCAUUCCGACUACAUCAAUGCCAACUUCAUCCCGGGUUACACCAACCCACAGGAAUUCAUCGCCACCCAGGGGCCUCUCAAAAAAACUCUGGAGGACUUCUGGCGGCUGGUGUGGGAGCAGCAGGUCCACAUCAUUGUCAUGCUGACAGUGGGCAUGGAGAACGGGAGGGUGUUGUGUGAGCAUUACUGGCCGGCUGACUCCAUCCCCAUCACCCAUGGCCACAUCACUGUUCACCUCUUGGCUGAGGAGCUUGAGGAUGAGUGGACCAAGCGUGAAUUCCAGCUGCAGCACGCCUCUGAGCAACAACAGCGGAGGGUGAAGCAGCUGCAGUUCACGACCUGGCCUGACCACAGCAUCCCUGAGGCCCCCAGCUCCCUGCUCACCUUUGUGGAGCUGGUACGGGAGCAGGUCCGGGCUUCCCAGGGCACGGGGCCCAUCCUGGUGCACUGCAGUGCGGGCGUGGGCCGGACGGGCACCUUUGUGGCCCUGACCAGGCUGCUGCAGCAGCUGGAGCAGGAGCAGAUGGUAGAUGUGUUCAACUCCGUGUACGCACUCCGGCUGCACCGGCCCCUCAUGAUCCAGACCCCGAGCCAGUACGUUUUCCUGCACAGCUGUCUCCUGAGCAAGAUUCUGGAAGGGCCCUUGGACACCUCAGAAGCCAAGAAGACUAGGAGCGGGAGCUGGGGAAGCUGGCGUGCCUUCUCGCCUCUGCACCCCUGCCCCAGGUCCCGCCCCAUCUCUGUGAAGAACUUCGGGCAGGCCUGCACCAAGAGGGCGGCCAACGCCAAUGCUGGCUUCUUGAAGGAAUACGAGCUCCUGCUCCGGGCCAUCCAGGAAGAGGCUGGCUCUCUGACGCCCCCUGCUGGCCAUGAUCAGCACAGCAGUGUCUCCUACGAUCGUUCUCAAGUGCAAUUUUCUCCUUUGGAGGAGAGUCCCCCUGAUGAGAUGCCUGAAGCCUGGCUCUUCCCUGGUGGGCCUUCUGGCCGCGACCACGUGGUGCUGACAGGCCCUGUGGGGCCACGGGAGCUCUGGGAGCUGGUGUGGGAGCAUGGGGCCCAUGUGCUGGUCUCCCUGUGUCCGCCUGACGACGUGCAGAAGGAGUUCUGGCCCACAGAGAUACAUCCCAUUGUCACGGAUAUGGUGACUGUGCACUGGGUGGCCGAGAGCAACACAGGUGGCUGGCCCUGCACCCUCCUCAGAGUCACACAUGGAGAGAGCAGGAAGGAGAGGCAGGUGCAGCAACUGCAGUUUCCGUCCUGGGAGCCUGGGCGUGAGCUGCCCGCCACUACCCUGCUGCCCUUCCUGGUCGCUGUGGGCCAGUGCUGCUCCCGCGGCAAGAGCAAGAAGCCGGGCACGCUGCUCAGCCACUCCAGCAAGGGUGUGGCCCAGUUGGGCAUCUUCCUGGCCAUGGAGCAGCUGCUGCAGCAGGCGGGGGCUGAGUGCACUGUGGACGUCUUUAACGUGGCCCUGCAGCAGUCACAGGCCUGUGGCCUAAUGACCCCAACACUGGAACAGUAUAUCUACCUCUACAACUGUCUGAACAGCGCACUGGUAGACGAGCUUCCCUGAGCCAGCACAGCUUAGGAGCAGAAUGGGUCUGUGCCCUGCUGGACAAUGCCUACCCCUGUAGGCUCACUCGGGCCUGGCUUCCCCAGGAGGGCCCUGUGCUGUGAAGGGGCAGAAUUGGGGAAUAAAGAGGUGUGGACAAGCUUGAAGCUGAGUGUGUUCUGUCACCCAUCUGCUGAGGAGGGAAAAAAAUGGCUGUGAAGACUUGAGGGGCAUGGGGCCCAGCGAAGGGUCUCUGGGGCCACCAUGGAGCAGGG